UGGAUGGGUGGAGUCUUAAAUUGAUAGUGUUCAUGCAUUUACCAACAGUGUCAAAUGAGUAGAAGUCCACCUGCUUUAUCAGACUAUGGGGAUUGCAUUUAUGUUCUUUCUGGCAGUUACUUUGUUCUGUCCUGUUCAAACAAAAACACUCACAGAGAGUCCAUCACAAGAUCUUACUGGAGCUGCUCAUCCUUUUAAUGCUACUGAGAAUGUGACUAAAGUCACUCAAGAUGAAGAUGCCCCAGUCACAAGCAAGAACCAAACAGUGCAAAAUAAAGUGGUCAGGACCUGCGAACUCACUGAGUUCAGCUGCGGUGAUAAACGCGAAACAUGUCUGCCUAUGAUAUGGAGGUGUGAUGGUAACGAGGACUGUCCGAAUAAUGCGGAUGAGGAAGGCUGUGCAGUCAAGACCUGUGGAUCCAAUCAGUUCAGCUGUGAUGAUAAACGUAAAACGUGUCUGCCUAUGAUAUGGAGGUGUGAUGGUGACGAGGACUGUUCGAAUGGUGCGGAUGAGAAAGGCUGUGCAGUCAAGACCUGUGGAUCCAAUCAGUUCAGCUGUGAUGAUAAACGUAAAACGUGUCUGCCUAUGAGAUGGAGGUGUGAUGGUGACGAGGACUGUUCAAAUGGUGCAGAUGAGGAAGGCUGUGCAGCCAAGAUCUGUGGAUUCACUGAGUUCAGCUGUGAUGAUAAACACAAAAGGUGUCUGCCUAUGAGAUGGAGGUGUGAUGGUGACAAGGACUGUUUGAAUGGUGCAGAUGAGGAAGGCUGUGUCACUCAAGAUGAAGAUGCCCCAGUCACAAACAAGAAUCAAACAGAAAAGUGAAGAUGAUUUGGGCAGCACCCAGGUGACACCUGUCCUGCAGCAAGUGGCUCGGACACUGAGACACAGAAAGACCCUCCAACCAGCAUUACCAUGAAUCAUAUACUGGAAAAACAAUAUGAAGUACUGACACUGGAAAAGACCAAACUAAGUUUAGAAAUACAGAAACUGAAAUUAGAAAAAACUAAACUGAAGUUGAAAAACACAAACCAACACAUUCUCACCUGUUAUCCUAUUUCUUCUGGAAUUUAAAUCUCGGCAGUUUCACAACCAGAAGCUGCACAAUAUUGUGCCAUCAAUGAUUCUUACUGUGAGUGAUGACACCCUGACCGUGACAAGAUGGCGGGCGUGCCGCCGUGUCUGGAGCGGUGGAAUAAGGCAUCUACGUAUACAUAUCUAUGGCUAAAACAGCUAGAACAGCUAAAUUGUAAACCCCUUAGCUGCUCUAAAUUCACAGUAAAUCAUGGCUUCUUGGGGCUUAUUGCUUUAUUAUAAAUGUGUGAACUAAUUUACAUUGUGUAUAUGUAUUUGCAAACAGCAGUUCACACAUUCAUAACCUAAUUCCGAUUCUCAAAAUAAGAUUAGCAAAACAGUUCAUAAAUGCGAAUGCUUGUUUCUACAUGUACAUCAGACGCAACAUCAGGGAACAUCAGGCCUAGUUUUACCCCACAUGAGCAUUACAUUGUCUAUUGAAUGUGUUUCUUAGUUUCACUGCGUUACUGUAAAGCAUAUCUGCAGAGAGUAAUGCUAAUCUAAAUUAAAAUAUGCCUUUACAGUAAUUAUACAAAAAAAGUUCAGUUUUUCUGCUUUUCAUGUUAAGUUGUAUAGCCAAAAAGAAACAUGGUUGCAAAUUAACAACUAAUUAAAUUAGCCCUUUCAUUA